GCCUCUGUGCUAACCUGGCAGGAUGCGGGAGGCGCAGGGGCUGCUGUGAAGAAAGUCCCGGGGCUGGCCGGAGGCUGGAGAGCGGGACAUGGUGCUGGUGCCCCCCUGAUGCUCUGCUGGUGAGGAGCUGGAGGACGGCGACGAGAGGCCACGGUGGCGGAAAUCCGAGGCUCCGGCUGGGAAACCAUGGGGAGAUGCAAUGGGAGAUGUACGCUGGUCGGAUUCUGCUGCCUGCAGCUGGUCGCGGCGCUGGAGAGGCAGAUCUUUGAUUUCCUGGGCUACCAGUGGGCACCCAUCCUGGCGAAUUUUUUACACAUCAUGGCCGUUAUUUUGGGUAUUUUUGGGACCGUCCAGUACAGAUCCAAAUACCUCAUGAUGUACGCGGUGUGGCUGGUGCUGUGGGUCGGCUGGAACGCCUUCAUCAUCUGCUUCUACCUGGAGGUUGGACGCUUGUCACAGGACCGAGACUUCAUCAUGACCUUCAAUACCUCACUGCACCGCUCGUGGUGGAUGGAGAACGGGCCGGGCUGCCUGGUGACGCCGGUGCUCAACUCCAACCUGGCGCCCGAGGACCAUCACGUCAUCACCGUCAGCGGCUGCCUGCUCGACUACCAGUACAUCGAGGUGGUGAGCAGUGCCACGCAGAUCUUCCUGGCGCUUUUUGGCUUUGUCUACGCCUGCUACGUCAGCAAAGUGUUCCUGGAGGAAGAAGACAGCUUCGACUUCAUUGGUGGCUUUGACUCCUAUGGCUACCAGGCACCCCAGAAAACGUCACACCUACAGCUACAGCCGCUCUACACGUCCGGGUAACCCCCUCCCACCGGGAUCCAGCCCAGCGUGGGAGCCCCAGAGCGACAGGACCCCCAGGGCGAACUGUCCCACACCCGAUGACACGACCCCCGGCCAGGCGGGGACACCACGUGAAGCCACCCGGUCCCCUCCUGCCUCCCCGCACCCCACAGGACCCCCCGGAAACAGAGCCAGGAGCUGCACGUCCAUCCCAGCCUGGAUCCCCCGAGCCCAAACCACCCACCCACGGGGGGCUGGAUCAAGGGGACCCCCCAAAGCUGUGCUGUCCCCCCAGGCUCCCACACCCUCCCAGGAUGGGGACGUGGGGACACACGGGGUGGCAGCAUCGCUGCUGGACACUUUUCUGCUCUUCUCCCAGCCUGGUUUUCCCCCGGAGCAGCGGCUGGGCGGGGGGGCCUGGCACAGGAUUGGGGCAAAACCAGCUGGUUUGGAGCAAACUGGGAGCAGGGCGAGACAUAAACAUGGCUUUGGGGACAGCGGGACACACAGACCAGCCUUGUCCUCUGUGGGGUUGGGACAGUUUCCCCAAGCGCCGGGUUUGGGAGUGGGGCUGGCCCCAAAAAUGGGGUUUUUGCUCCCGAAAGGCAUUUUCCAGCCCCCCCGGCUGGAUGAAACAGUGUCGAAGGGGCUCGGGCCGGGAUUGAUCCCCUCAUCCCGAGGAACUGGAUCAGCAUCUUGCCUCAACCUCCCCGAAUGUGGGGCUAUGGCAGGAACAGAGCAUCCAAAACCCCCAUGGCCUCCCCAUCCCUGCCGGAUUUUGGGGGGAGGAUCUCGCUCAAAUUUGGCAAUACUGACGCUGCUGUCAACACAGCCCCUUGCCGGCUGUUUUAAUGAAUCUAAUGAAUGUUUUGGGUUGGGUUUUUUUAAUUAUUGGUUUGUUUUGUUCUGUUGGGGUUUUUUGUUAUUUAGUUUAAUUUAAAGUGCCUGAGUAGACUCUGGCUGAGUGUGACCCCCCCGCGAGCCUGCGCCGGCUCCCCCAGGCCCACGUGGUGCCUUCAGCCCCGCUCAGCCCGCCCGGGGGGCGGCUGGUGCCUCUCGGACCCCCCGGCCCCUCCAUCCCUGCGCAGUCACAUCCACCCAUCGGGUUCGGCAGCAGAAAAGCGACGAUGCCAGUACAUGAGGAAUGGUUGUUUUUUUAUGGGGGGGCACACGCAAGGUCUGUUGGGCAGCGAUUGCUUUGCAAAAUGGGGAAUUCAAAGUCUCAGAAGCCGCAAGGAAAAAGUCGUUUCACGCAGAAUUUCAGCACCCCCCCAAGCUCCUUUUUCCCCUUGUGGUGGGACGUGCUUUCCCCUGGAUCUGGCCCCAAACCCCUCUUUGCAUCUGGUCACAUUAAUUUUGCCUCCCAAGAGUUUUUUCUCCAGUCCUGGGGUUAUCUGGGGGUUUCCAGUUUGCAUCCUUAAGUGAUUAUUCUGUUGUUUAUUCUGUCCCUCCCAACAAGCAGCCGGGAAGAGCCAAGGACCAAAGCUGCCCAGCCCAAAAUGCUGGGCAGGGACCGGGCUGCACCCCUGGCUGAGCUGCCGCCUUGCCAGGCAAUAAGUGUUCCACCCUUUCCCCCUCUUUUUUUUUCCUUUUCCCAAGGAAACUAGUGGUUUUUCAAGCAACCCCCCAAACACACCCCAUCCCCAGCUCUGCGGACAGCAGCAUCUCCAGGCUUCAUUUUCCUCUCCAGGUUCAAGGAUGCUCUCACUGACCUGCCAUGGGAUGGGGUGGGAUGGGCAGACACCCACCCACUCAAAACCUUUCUCAAACCCCGCGGGACGCAGAAGGAAACAUUCCCAUCAUUUAAACCCAUUCGAAGAGCUUCCCUCCCUCCCGAGCUCGGCGGGACCCAGGCACCGGCGCUCCACAAAUCCUUUGUUUUUUCAGUUGGCUUGUUUUUAUAUGAGACUGUAUUUGUAACGUGAACCGAGGAUUUCUUUUCUAUUCUGUAAUUAUAAAAGUCGAAGGAAAGUUUCACCUGA